CUGUCAGCUCAGCGCACGGAGAGACAAGAUGGCGGCAGUAACGUCGACGAGCUCCGGACAGAAAGUUUCUGCUAACUGCGAGCCGGACCCGGACCCGGACCCGGACAGCCGGGAAGUCAGCACCCGGGAACGGAGAGGAAGAGAUGGACUCAAACGUCACUGCUGUCAGCACUGUGAAAAAUCCUUCACAACAUCGAAGAAUUUAAAAAUGCAUCAGCGUGUUCACACUAGAGAGAAACCAUACAGUUGUGAACAGUGUGGAAAAGCUUUCACUACAUCAAAUGAACUUAAAAUUCACCAACGUGUUCACACAGGAGAGAGACUGCAUAGCUGUGGCCAGUGUGGGAAAGCUUUCGCUCUAUCAGGUGACCUACAAAAGCACCGUCGCAUCCACACUGGAGAGAAACCAUACUGGUGUGAACAGUGUGGGAAAACUUUCAUUUCAUCAACUAAACUACAAAGUCACUGUCGUGUUCACACUGGGGAGAAACCAUACAGCUGUGGCCAAUGUGGGAAAGCGUUCACUCAGUCUAGUAGUCUAAAAUGUCACCAACGUAUUCACACUGGAGAGACACCAUACAGUUGUGACCAAUGUGAGAAAGCUUUCACUUCAUCAGGUAGUCUAAAAUACCACCAACGUGUUCACACAGGAGAGAGACCGCAUAGCUGUGGCCAGUGUGGGAAAACUUUCGCUAGAUCAAGUGGGUUAAAAACCCAUCUACUUGUUCACACUAGAGAGAGACCAUACAGCUGUGACCAGUGUGGGAAAGCUUUUCCCCAUUUGGGUACUCUAAAAAAACACCAACGUGUUCACACUGGAGUGAAACCAUACUGGUGUGAACAGUGUGGGAAAACUUUCACUGGAUCGAGUGCACUAAAAAUGCAUCAGCGUGUUCACACUAGAGAGAAAUCGUACAGUUGUGACCAGUGUGGAAAAGCUUUCACUACAUCAUAUGAACUUAAAAUUCACCGUCGUGUUCACACUGGAGAGAAACCAUACUGGUGUGAACAGUGUGGGAAAACUUUCACUGGAUCGAGUGCACUAAAAAUGCAUCAGCGUGUUCACACUAGAGAGAAAUCGUACAGCUGUGACCUGUGUGGGAAAGCAUUCGCUCUAUCGGGUGACCUACAAAAGCACCGUCGUAUCCACACUGGAGAGAAACCAUACUGGUGUGAACAGUGUGGGAAAACUUUCAUUUCAUCAGCUAAACUACAAAGUCACUGUCGUGUUCACACUGGGGAGAAACCGUACAGCUGUGGCCAAUGUGGGAAAGCUUUCACUCAGUCAGGUAGUCUAAAAUGCCACCAACGUAUUCACACUGGAGAGACACCGUACAGCUGUGACCAAUGUGAGAAAGCUUUCACUUCAUCAGGUAGUCUAAAAUACCACCAACGUAUUCACACUGGAGAGAAACCGUACAGCUGUGACCAAUGUGAGAAAGCUUUCACUACAUCAAGUAGUCUAAAAUACCACCAACAUGUUCACACUGGAGGGAAACCACACAGCUGUGACCAGUGUGGGAAAGGUUUCAUUAUAUCAGGUGAACUAAACAUUCACCGUCGUGUUCACACUGGAGAGAGACCAUACUGGUGUGAACAGUGUGGAAAAACAUUUAUUCACAGUAAAUCCCUUAAUUUCCAUCAACGCAGUCACACUGCAUUGUUAUGAAUAGUUUUCAAAGCCAAGCUAGCUGGUUCCUCCUGCCUCCUCCUAAUGCCCUGAUAGCUGUGGUGUGUUAUAUUCUGAGCUUUUCUACAAACUGAGAGAUAGACAAUAGUGACUUUAAAUUCUGAGCAGCAUGUAUGUUACUGUGGUUACAACUACAUACUGGCCUUCUGUAAUCUAACACUAUGUAGCCAUGAGUUCACACCACCCAGAAGUGGUCCAGAGUCGGGCUGUUUUUUUUCUACUGAUACUGUCUGUUUCAAUGAUUUUCACUUCACUUCAAAUUAACUUUUACUAUGAUUUCAUAAACUAUUGUCAAAG